AUGGCUCCCUUUGCAUACCUCGGCCAGGGCCAGAAAGUGCACAGGCCGAUGAUGGCGCAGACGGUCAAUCUCAUCCUCAUCUUCAGAUACUCGAAGGCAGAUCUCAGGUUCCAGUGUGGUUGUAAGCAAGUGACUAUUCGGGUAGAGUGUGGUGGUAGGGACUUUGCUGCAUCCACGAACCUCGUAUUAGACGAUGCAGAUGAGAUUUACUAUAAAACAAAGUCAAGGACUCAACUGGGGUGGAUCGUGCUAAAAGGAAAUACUACUCUGCUCCAAAGUGUUUCCAACUAG